GAUUAUCAGCUAUGGCCGUGUCAUACAAUAAGUGCCAGAGGGUAGAUGGGGGCAAAGGCAGCUCCUCUAAGUGAAAGGGCAGUUUGGAGAAAGGAGAGAGUAUGAGAGACUACGAUGAGAUCACCUCGUUCCUGGGAACGUGGGGGCCUUUCCAGAAGCUGGUCUUCUUCUCUCUGGCCUUCAGCAUCCUACCUAACGGUCUGGUUGGCAUUUACAUCGUGUUUGUGGGUGACACGCCGCCCCACGAGUGUUUGGUCCCGGAGGAGAGCAACAUCAGCGAGAGCUGGAGGAACGUGAGCAUUCCCCUGGUGGUGCAGGACGGGCUGGUGAAACGCAGCUCCUGCAGCAGAUACAGCCUGGACCAGCUGAGGAACUUCUCCCUGCUCAACUACGUCCCCGACGUGGACGUCAACGUCAGUCAGAUUCAGCAGGAGAGCUGUCUGGAUGGCUGGAAGUACAGUAAAGACAUCUACCAGUCCACCAUCGUUACUGAGUGGGACCUGGUGUGUGAGAAUGAAUACAAAGAGCCUCUGGCCUCGUCCAUCUACUUCCUGGGUGUACUGGUGGGGACGUUUAUCUCUGGGCAACUCUCGGACAGGUAUGGACGGCGGUGUUUGAUGAAGGAGAUGACCACCAUGACAAUGCAGGCGUUGACCAUCUUUGAAUAUUUACUCCCCAGCUGGGAGGCCUUUACUAUCUUCUUCUUCAUUGGCUUCCUUGGUUUCACCCUUCAUUCGUUGGCUAUAUUGCUCGGCUCGGAGAUCUUGAGCCCAGCUACGCGUGUGGUGUUCUGCUCCCUGGGGGUGUUCAUGGCGUCCGGGGUGGGGCAGAUGCUCCUGCCCCUGUUUGCCUACUUCCUGCGGGACUGGAGACUCCUGAUCAUGCCCAUGGCGGCUUCAGGGCUCCUCUACAUCCCCCUGUGGUGGCUGAUUCCCGAGUCGCCCCGCUGGCUUCUGUCCCAGGGGAGAGUGGAGGAGGCUGAGGCCAUACUGAGAAAUGCGGCCAGGAUGAACAAAGUCACCGUGCCCCAGGUCAUCUUCACACCCGAUGAGAUCGAGGAAGCCCAGGCGAAUAAGGAGAAGAAAUACAACAUUCUGGACAUCCUAAGGAGAUGCAACGCAGUGGUCCUCAUCCUCGUCUGCUCCAUCCUCUGGAUCGUCAUCACCAUGUCUUACUACGCUCUGCUGCUGAACACCACCAACCUGCACGGUGAUCCGUAUUUCAACUUCUUCCUGUCGGCUGUCGUGGAGCUCCCGGCGUACGUAGGGGCCAUGCUGCUGCUGAAGUUUUGCCCGCGCCGCAUCUGCCAGUCCUCCACUCUCUUUCUGGGCGGCGCCGUCAUUCUCCUCACCCAACUCGUGCCCGGAGAUCUUCCAGGUGUAGCCAUUUUCCUGGAGAUGGUGGGCAAGUUCGGCAUCACCACGGCGUUCUGCGUGGUCUACGCCGUGACCUCUGAACUCUUCCCCACCGUGGUAAGGAACAUGGCGAUGGGAACCUGCUCCAUGGCCGCUCGCAUCGGAACCAUAAUCUCUCCGUUCAUCAUUUACCUGGGAAAUUAUUAUAAGUAUCUCCCCUACCUCUUCAUUGGGGGUUUGGCUGUGUUCUCAGGCAUGCUCUGUUUCGUUCUGCCUGAGACGUUUGGAAAGGUCCUGCCGGACAACAUCACUGAGAUGCAGACGGUCCGAGGGUUGGGUAAACCAAAGGGAACAUUGAUGGAAUCAAAGGGAACCGUGAUGGAAUCCUGCACCAAGGAGACUUGUGAUGUAAUAAAGGAAGCCAAACUGUAAAACUCUCCAUUCUACGGCUCUGUUCUACUGCAGAGAGCCUGCCAGCAGGGACCUCAGCUGAAUAUUAACGUUUUUCAUGUGACGUAUUCUAGGUUCUAUAGCUUUGUUUACAUCCAGCUGGUAGGCAAGGGACAAGUUGAACCCA